AUGCCGGAGGAUUUCAUGCUUCAACAGAUCCAGUUGAAGCCGCUGGAAACUACUAGUUCCCUUCCAGGUGAGGAUACCGAUCAAGUUGAAACUGCAACGGACCUAGAUGAACUUAUUAAACAAAAUAUUUUCGAUGCAGUCAAUGAUGCAAUGCGGAGCUAUCUUGACAUACACAUCGAAAACAUAGUAGAACGUGCGGUAACUGCAGCUGUCGAUAGAAGUUUUGCGACUAAUUUUGCUCGUCUAGCAGCCAUGACGGAGGUAUUAAAUAAAACGGCAUCCAAAGACGACACAGUUAUCGAGUUACGAUCACCUGUUGAUACUGAGAAGCAUGUUACCGAUUGGAAUGCUGAGUUGACAAAUGAUGCUCUUCAAAUGAAAUAUAUGGAAUUUUUCUCCCGAAUUAUUGUUCCUAAUUCGUACGUGGAAAAAGGAGAUAACGCGUUUUACGUCAUUGCAGAUUGUCUAUUCACUAGACAAUUUUGGAAUCGAUUUACUUGGACAGGUGUGAACAGAGGACAUAAAUCCAAACGAGGCUUCCGUGAAUUUGGAAACGUCACGGAACUGCUUUUAAAACUUAUUCAGAUUGGUGACCCCACAUAUACAAAACAGCAGUUGGAGAAGUUUUGUAAAACGCGCUUAUUUAGACAUGCUAAGACACGAUCUGCUAACAAAAUGCUGCGAAAGUCAUCUUGUCGUACUAAGCGAGGUGUUAAAAGGUCAAAGCCUCAUCAUGAAGAUGCUAUGAGUGUUACAGACGACAUCGAACUUGAUGACAAUGGCUCUGAUGGUGAGGAUAUGGAAGACUUUGAGAACACAGAGUCAAUUCAUCAACCGAACGACACUGAUACAUCUGAAGGCAAUGAUGGAGACUUCCAAGCUACAGGCAACAGUGAUGGUUCUUCUGAAUGA